UGACACCGAAUGUUCAUGUUGACUCCCUGAAGAGAAUUCCUGGUGUGAUUGGUACCCGGCAUCUGACCCGUUGGGUGAAUGGAGAAAAAUAAAGUAUUUCAGUCCUGUUGUUUUUUGAUGAAGAGCAAAUACAUACGCGUGUGAAGCUUGUUUUUUUUCCUUCCGGAUACGCUGUAAGAGCUUUCGUUCCCAUACCAUUGCAGUGUAAGAAUUGUAAAGGAUUUCGCCAUGUUUCAAGUGUGUGCAGACGGACAGAGUAUAUUGAAGAACGGUGUGUAGAAGGAGGAAGGAUGAAGAAGAUUGAGGUAGUAAAAGUUAGCGAGAUAAAUCGAAUCUCCUAUGCGGAGGCGAUUAAAAUAAUUGAGAAAACAAGUGAUGGUAGUGGACGCACCUCAGCCUGUGGUAAAUGUUUGAUGCCAGGCAAAAUAUACACUGUGUGUUAAAAAGGUGGAUUUUGUGGCAUUCAUUGCCACAGUUCUAAACUGUUACACACACGUUUCAAAGAAAUUAUUGUGGUAGCGGCAGAAAAGUUUUUGGGAUUUAAGGAUUUUACAUUGGAAGACCCGCCCUCCCAGGUUCCCCUUGAGUCUGUAGGGAUCAGAUCUGUUUUUUUGUUUUUUUACAGAAAAGUUGUUUUGAUUUAUUUUAGUUCAUUUAUUGUGUUGUAGUUUUUGUAUUUCGUUACAUUUUGGGGGACUCCUGUUUCAAUCCCGCACAGUAGGUGGCAGAAUGCACAUUCAAUUGUGCGAUUGCCAAUCUUCCAUAAAAUAAGAAGAAUCCUACCCCGAUCCUUAAAAAGAAGCUCCUGGUUUUAGUGUUACGUCAGAGGGUUUGUUUUGAUCUGCAGUCAGCUGAGGGACCAUCUGUGGCGCUGGCAAAGUGAAGAGGGUGAUGACAUCUUCGUGCUCUAAAUUAAAUAACUGUUAAAGUGAGAAUUAAAAUGCAUCAAAAGAGCUCAACUUGGCGAACCAGGUCUGAUUGGGACGUGAAUGAAUGAAUGCAUGAAACUAGCACGAUUGAAGAUAGCUAGCUAAUGUAAUGAUUAACUAAACUAGCCCGAGAGGACGCUAGCUAGCUGGAGAGCUACCGUUCACGUUAGUUAGCUGACAGCACUUGAUGUCGUAGCUAGCUCAUCAGCGAACAUCGGAAUUGAAAAUGCUUGACAGAUAUUGACAUUAUCAAUAUAAUGGACUACACUCCAUCUUGUAAUCCAAGGAUGUGACUGGGGAUGGGAGAAAUAACCAUGGAAACGCCUGAGUUACCUCUUGAGAUCGUCACCUACAUCCUAAGUUUCCUCAAAGCAUCAGACAGGAAGGAAGCCUCUCUGGUCUGCUGGAGCUGGUAUGAUGCGAGCCAAGACCUCCAAUUUCAGAGGAAUGACACCUUCAAGUUCCCAGCCUCUAUCUCCUCCCUGGAUCUGAUCCGGGGCCUGAGUAGGCGUUCCCGCUGCAGCCUGGUCAUAAGCCAUCUGGAUGGGUCCAGUAUGUCCCGGGCUGUGCUUCAGGAGAUAGGGCUCCAUCUAGGCCCUCGGCUGGAGAGCCUGGCCCUGCCAGGAAGCAGCGUGACCGAGUCUUCCCUCCUGGCCCUGCUGCCCCACCUGACCGCCCUGCGCAGGCUUGACCUCCGUGGCCUGGACAGCCUCUUCAUGUCUGGAGCCUUCCUGUCCAAAGAAGAGCACCGCCAGCAGGUGGGGGUAGCUUUAGCAGGUCUUGAGGAGCUGGAUCUCUCUGACCUGCGCUAUCUAUCAGAUCUCACCUUCAACCGACUCACAGGCUGCACUCUCAGACUUCGCCGUCUCUCCCUGGCCGGCUGCCACAUCGCCUUUGAGUUUGACCCGUACCGUGGCUGCCCCGUGGGGCCUGACUCCUCUGCCCUGCUCUCCCUACGUAACCUCCGCAGGUUGCUGCAGGAGCAGGCCUCCACCGUGCGGGGGCUGGACCUGAGCAGAACUAGCAUCACCCCAGAGUCGCUGCGCUCCGUGGCCCAGGUAGGGGGCCUGUCUCUAGAGGAGCUGCGUCUGCGGGGCUGCAAGGAGCUGACAGACUACUCUGUGGAGGUGCUCUGCAAGCACCAGCCUGGCCUCCGGAUCCUGGACCUCAGCGCCUGUACAGAGCUCACCAGCCGGGCUGUACUGGCUGUGGCCCUGAGCCUGAAGGGCCUCCGGUUCCUCUCUCUGUCCCGGGACUGGAGGAUGACGGAUAAAGGGCUGGCCGACCUGAUGAUGCUGCCGGAGCUGAGGAACCUGGAUCUGUCUGAGUGCCUGCAUGUCAGUGGGGCUGAGAUAGUGAAAGGGCUCUCUGCCCUGGAGCCCAGGGCACGGUUGGAGACACUCAGCUUCAAGAGCUGCACCUAUAUCAGAGUCAGUGAUCUGGCUGUGUUCUCUCUGGCUCGGCUGCUGGGCUCCAGUUUGCGGGAGCUGGACCUCACCUCCUGCGUCUACCUCACAGACCUGAGCGUGCGCGCUAUCGCCACCUACCUGCCCGGGCUGGUGGUGCUGCGACUGGGCUGGUGCAAGGAGAUCACAGACUGGGGGCUGCUGGGCAUGGUGGAGCUCACCAAGGAGUGUGAGCCCAGCAAGGAAAUGGAGGACAAGGGGCCCAGCUUCACCCGUACUUUUGGAAAUAUGGGUUUCUUCCGGCCUCCCAGCAUGCCCUUCCAGGAGAAGCCCCGGCUGGUGACGGACGAGGACCUGGGGGUGUUCAAGGAACAGGACGGGUCCUCACUGCUGGCCCUCAGGAGCCUCCAGGAGCUCGACCUGUCUGCCUGCUCCAAACUCACUGACAGCAGCAUCACACAGGUGCUGCGUUAUCCAGACCUCCAGCGCCUCUCUCUCUCCAUGCUGCCUGAGAUCAGUGAUGACAGCCUGGCGUCGGUGGCCUACCACUGCCGCAGCCUCACCAGCCUGGCACUCAGCCACUGCCCCCAGAUCAGUGACCAGGGUAUCGCCCGCGCCGCCCCCUACCUCGCCAGGCUGCAGCACCUCUAUCUGUCCUGCUGCGACGCAGUCACGGAUAGGUCUCUCUCCAUGCUCGUCCAACACUGUAAGAGAUUGCGGACGCUGGACAUCUCCAUGUGUAAAGACAUCUCCAUAACAACAGUGGACCUCCUCCAAUCCCAGCUGCCCUUCCUAGAGAAUGUCCACUGCCGCUUUGUGGGCGGAGCUGACCUGACCCUCACACUCUGAUAGGGUUCUGACUAGGUGGAAUACAACUACGACUAGAAGGUACUUUUUCGUACCAGGUUAGGAGAAUGAUAAGAUUCGCUAAAAUGUUCUCCUAACUUGCUACGAAAAGUAACUUCUGGUCGGAGCUGUACUCCAUUUAGUCACAACAUAAAAUGAUCCAGAAACGUUCUGUUUGAAUUACAAUUCAGUACCUGCUCUUAUUAUCCAGAGUUUAUUUGUAUUAGAUCCAGUAAUUAUCUUAGUUUUAACCCCUGUAAACCCUAAUAUGGGGUGUAUGUAUUACUCGGUAAGGACCCAUAUGGCCAGUGUCUUAGACUCAAAUUAAGUCUUUGAUGAAUUGAGAAUCUGCAAAUUUCCAUCCCGUGUGGACUAAAAGUCCGUCUCGUCUAGGACCAAGAUUAAUCGGAGUCUGAGAAACCGUCCUUUAAAGUCCUCCUUCAGUGUAUGCCAGGGGUGGGUAACUGUCGGCAUGCAGGCCCACACAAAAUAAGAACUGUCAGGUGUACUGUUGAACACAGGAGGUUGGUUAGUGGUACCUUAAUUGGGGAGGACAGGCUCGUGCUAAUGGAAUGGUAUCAAACACAUGGUUUCUAGGCGUUUGAUGCCAUUCCAGCCAUUAUUAUGAGCCGUUCUCCCCUCAGCAGCAUCCACUGCUGUUAGAAUACACAAGGUGCAAUUUCAAAAUGUGAUUGUGCGUCAGCAUUUUUUUAAAUGUAAUUGGUUAGUCUAUGGAUGUGGGUACACAGACCCGAGCCACUGUGGACCCUCUUUUUUUUAUUUUUUUGUGGCCCCCCCACCCCCAUCGCUGGUGUAAACUGUGCGAUAUAAGGUCACUGUUAAUCUCGGUUUGUUUGAUUAGAAUGUGUCUGGUUUAUGGAGCUGAGGGACCAAAUCAGUAGAUGCUGCACAAACCUUUAACUGGCCUAGAAGAUGUGCUCGGAUUUAAAAAGCACCUUGUAGUUGAUCUCAGAACCAGAUCUCACACUGUAGAGAAAUAUUGAUAUCUAUUCAUCACAUUUUUUUUGUUUAGCUGGCUUAAUAUGUAAUUUUGUAUUCAACUUAAUUUAAACACUGCCACUGAAGGAAGCAAAACUGUUUGUUUCUUUGAAAAUGUAAUAUGUAUCAAAUGUAAGAUCUAGUUUCAAUAAAUGUAUGCUUUUCUCUUGCUUAGAA